CAGAACUUCGAACAGUUGAGACGCUAUGGCUGUCUGCGUUUUAUUACUACUGGUCCUGGCACUGGCCGCGGUAGUGGAUAUCGGCGACAGCUUCUCGAGCAACAGCAGCAGCAAGCUUCUAGCAGUCCUGAAUGCCUCCGCUCCCGUAAAUGAAGUGCUCUUCCACAUCGAUGUGUGGACUGGGGAAGCGGACGUGGCAGGAGCAUUAAGAGGUCCUGCAUCCAGCAAUCUAGAGUCGGUGAUUCGCUCAGAGGUGAGUGGCGACUGGAAGCGUGGCCAGGUGGUGCUUCAAUUGGCGAAUCAAGCCCGGACUCCGGAGCUAAAGCAAGCCAUCUACACGGGACUCUGGAAGGAGCUGCAACAGACCAAACAGAUCUACGAUCCGCUCAAAAUCUUAGACUUUUACGACCAACUGGCUUUUAAUUCGGAUGUCCCGCCAGCACUAUUGCAGCUGGUCCAUCACACCUUUAUCUCACGCAGUGCACAGUUGUUGGAAGCUCCUUUCCACACAAACAGUCGCACGGCUACCUUCCCGCUGGUCGAUUCUCUGCUGCAUCGCUUGACCUUUAGCGCCUUGGACUAUCUGCGCGACAUCCUGGAACUUGUGUACGAUGCGGUGCUGGCCCUGGAGACGCCUUUGAGUGUGGUGGAGCGUCUGGGCAACUUCACGGGCAGCCUCACUCAGUUGGCUCUGGCCAACCUCCAGUUGCUGCAGCGUGAAGAGCUCACACGGGACGAUGCCGCAGCCGAUACCUUGGGCCUGGCCAUGCAAGAUAAUCUCCGAAGACUGCUCGACCAGCCCAGCUUCGAACAGGAAGUGGAAACGUCACUGCGACAGCAGAUCUAUGCGCAACUUCCAUCGGAUGAGCAGCUGUUGUACACUGCACAUAAGGUGUGCAUCCGCAACGUAACCGACAGCAAUGCCUACAUCUAUGAGUGCCCGCAGACGUAUCUGAUCUGCAGCAAUGCGCGGGAUCCGAAGAAGGCGGCGUACUACAUCCAGCGUGGCCACAGCAACGACAGUCGACCGCAGUUUGCCUUCUACAGUGCCUUCUGGCGCAAUCGGUACAUCCUAAUGGAGCCAUCCCCGCUGGCAACCAGCAACACGACCAAUGCCAUUACCAAAAACGUGUACAGCCGGGCAAACAUCAGCUGGUGGCGUGUGGUAUAUCGCAAAGGUGGCGUGUCCUUAUACGAUGCAGCAACCGAGAAUUCUGUGCUCUGCGGUGGUGAUCCCAUACACUUUGAUGGCCUGGAGCGGCAUGUCUACACACGCAGGGCAUCUGAAUUUGCAGCCCAUCGAAAGGAGUGCACCUGGAGCGUCGAAGAUUGCAGCGAUGCCACCUAGCUGUAGAUAGAGAGAGAAAUCACACCCUCAAUAAUUAUUUCUAUGUUUAUUUGUCAAUAAAAAGGCACAAGAAAAUGUA